CUCGCCUGAGUAGCGGCUCCAUCGCUGGGCCCAGCCCGGGCAUCGGGCCAAGGAACCGCUGCUGCCCUGAACCGCCGGGAGCUCGGGGGGCUGAAUCUCUGUAUUUUGGAGGGGAUCUUGGCGAAUCUUGCUGUUUUGUGGAUUUUUCAUCUGUGUCGUGAUUUUGGAAGUUUUUUUGGGCGAAAUCUUGGUGUCUUGGAGAUUCUUAGGGACACAAGAUGCCCAAUGUGUUCUUGAGUUGCUCUUUGGCAAAGAAAAGCCCCCAGCCCAAGGCAAUCUCCUCUUGCUUUUUCUCCCAAAUCAGGAUUUCCCAUUCCCUAGGUGUGGGUGCAAGGAGGAGGAGGAAAAGCCUGAGAGUUCCCUCAUGAGGAGAGGCUGCAAACCCAGGCCAGGAUGCUGCAAGGAGAAAAGACCCUCCCUGAGCCGCAAAGGCGGCAGGAGAUCCAGGCAGAGCUCAGAGCUGGUGGAGAAGCCCCACAAGUGCUUGGAAUGUGGGAAGGGUUUCAGGUGGAGCUCUGAGCUGAUCCGGCACCAGAGGAUACACACUGGGGAACGGCCCUACGUGUGUGGAGUAUGUGGGAAGAGCUUCAGCCAGAGCUGCAACCUGACCCAGCACCAGAGGAUCCACACUGGGGAGAGGCCCUACAAGUGUGGGGAAUGUGGGAAGGGAUUCAGAGACAGCUCCACCCUGACCCACCACCAGAGGACCCACAGUAGGGAACGGCCCUAUGAGUGCGAGGAAUGUGGGAAGAGCUUCACCCAGAGCACCAACCUGAUCCAACACCAGAUGAUCCACACUGGGGAGCGGCCUUUUGAGUGUGGUAAAUGCAAGAAGAGUUUCUGCACAAUAUCUGAUCUGAUGCGGCACCAGGUGAUCCACACAGGGGAACGGCCCUACACCUGCUUGGAAUGUGGGAAGAGCUUUGGGUGGAUGUGCUACCUGAGCAAACAUCAGCUCAUCCACACCAGGGAGAGGCCCUACGAGUGUCCUGAGUGUGGGAAGAGGUUUCAGACCACCUCCAAUCUCCUCAGACAUGAGCGGAUUCACACAGACGAGAGGCCUUUCCGCUGCUCUGACUGCGGGAAGGGAUUCAAGCGAAAUGGGCAACUCACUGUCCACCGGCGCAUCCACACUGGGGAGAGGCCCUAUAAGUGUCCUGAGUGUGGGAGGGGCUUCUCCUGGAGCUCUAACUUGACCCGACACCAACGGAGGCACCACUAAGAAAAGCCCUGGUGUCUUCCGAAGCAAAAUGGUGACGGACUGGGGCAAUGACCAAAAUUUUGGAGACAGUGAGGUGGAAAUGCUUCCAAAACGGUUCUUCCCUCCCACCCGAGCACAUGGAUCCUCACCUGGCAUGGACAAGGAAAUGCUUUUCUUCUCGA